AGCAUGUUUUAUUGUAUUAAUCUUUUCCUUUAGGUGUACCCACUAUUACAGUGAUGAUAUGCGGUGUGACUAAAGUGUAUGGCAAAUAUACAUUUUACACAGAUAAAGAAGGCUCAACAGUUACACCUCUAUGCUGGAUAAGCACACAGAUAGUGAGCUACAUUACUGUGAAUGGUUAUCUCGGGCUGGUGAUGCUCUUUAACAUGGUUAUGCUGGGGGUGAUGCUGGUUAAGAUGCACAAAUUAAGAUCACGACCUCUUCAGAUUAAAGACCGUCGGAGGACGGCAUGGAAAGAAUGGGUGUCUCUACUCGGGCUCAGCUGUUCUCUGGGAGUGCCCUGGGUCCUGGCUUUCUCCACCCAUGGCCCCUUGAGUCUCCCUUCACUCUAUGUUUUCACCAUUCUCAACAGUUUUCAGGGUGUCUUUAUUUUCGUGUGGUAUUUGACUCUCACAUGUCAAGCACGGAAAGAGGAACACAGCUCAUCAAAAGGCACCAUUCAGGUCAGCUUCAACAGUAAUGGAUAUGUGAAUGCAAGAUAACCAACAGCUGUACGGUCAUGACUCACAUCACACAGUGGAGCUUGAAGGUGGACCCUCCACUCUACAUCAAAACUUCACUCUAGUUCUUUUUAUUAUUAUUUUACACAUUUGGGGUCUGCAGAGCCCAGGGGACCGCAAGGGGGCGCUAAAGGGAAUCUGCAUAUAGUAUAUUUAUUUCUAAAUGUGUUGAUCACUUGUAAUUGUAUUCCAGAAUUGUUUGUUGUGUUUUACAUCUUUUCACUGACUCUAUCAACUUCCUACUGGCAGUUAUGACACUGCUCUGUGUAAAGCACAUUGUGAAAAAUGCUAUAAAAUAAAUCCAAAAUUGUUAUAACACUGGGUGGAAAAAAUCAUAUUCAUCAUCAUUCAUCAUAUUUGGGGGUCUUUGCUGUUAAAUGA